CGGUGAUGUCAUCGCUGCCGCGGGGUGCGGCGCGCAGGGCGGGCGCCAGGGGGCGCUGUCCGUGCCGCCCCUCAGGGCGGGACCCUCGGGCGGAUCCGCGCUGCCCCUUCCCGGCCCUCUCCGCUCCCUUUCCCGCUCCGCUUCCCGGCCCUUCCCGCACUCCCCCCGGCCCCUCGGCACCCCAGCACCUUUCCCCCAGCCAAACAUGCGCCUGGUUCGCCGGCGGUAACGCGCAGAGCGUUGGGGAGUGGAGAGAGCAUCCUCCCCGUGGCUCCCCAUCCACCAUGGACAUGGAGUUUCCUGUGGGAAUGAUCCCUCAAAAACCUCCUUGUGGUGGCACGUGGGCAGGCGGCAGCAGCAGCGGGGAGCAGCGCUUUGUGGCAGCUGGUCACACAAUCACUGAGACUCUGCUAGAUAAUGCCUUGGGCUUGGUAUUGCAUUGGGAAACUCAUCCAGGAGCAGCUGGAUCCAUCCCUUCUCCCUCAGUCAGCAUAAAAGGAAAGCACCUGAGAUGUUCCAGCAGAGCAGUGCUGGAGAAAAUCCCUUUGUCCAGCAGGCAGACAACCAGCACUGGAGUCAGGACAAGUAAAAUGUCUGCAGAACAGAAGCAUUCUGAGUAGUGAAAGAGGUCCCUGGGUAGUAUUCAAAGGAGAGCAUGUGGUCAAAUUGAACUUGGAAAUAUUUACCAGAGCAAAAGCAAAUCCUGGGCUGCAUCUCCCAAUUACCUGACGUUUUUGA